CACGCUUGUGUGUCAGGUUUCAGAAUGCCAGCAACUGUUCCAAAGUCAACAGGCAUGUCAGGCACGGUUCCGCACAUUGGAAGCCAUGGCGACGAUGCGAGCUGCUGUUUACACCACCUUCUCUGGGCCCAUCAUUGUCCAGGAGGUUCCAAAGCCUACAGCUCCCGUUGGUGGAUUGCUGCUGAGGGUCAAGGCUUGUGGGGUUUGCCGCUCUGACUAUCAUGGCUGGAAGGGUCUUGACAGUGACAUCGUCACGCAUGGUUUGCCCUUCACACCGGGCCAUGAGCUGAGUGGCGUUGUGGUGAAGCUUGGUUUGGGGACGACAAAGUUUCAGGUGGGUGAUCGAGUCGCUGUGCCUUUUAUCCUCAGCUGUGGCAGCUGCCGGCAGUGUGCCCGCAAUCGGCCUACCAUUUGUGAGGCACAAGGGCAACCGGGCUUCACGAUGCCUGGCGGCUUCGCCGAGUUUGUGGCUGUGCCACGGGCUGACCGGAAUGUGAGCCUCAUGCCCCCCAAGGUAUCAUUUCUUCAAGCCGCAGCAUUAGGCUGCCGCUUGACAACUGCAUACCGGGCAGUGAUGCAACAGGGACGGCUCCAGUCUGGUGAGACUGUGGGCGUGUUUGGCUGUGGCGGCCUGGGCCUUUCAGCUGUUAUGAUAGCUCUAGCUGCUGGAGACAACGUUCGGGUUCUCGCCGUCGACACCAGCGAAGAGGCAUGCAACAAGGCUUGGGACCUUCACGCCUUCAAUGCCAAAGAAGGCGAUGAAUACAUCAGGGCAAGAGUUGCAGAGGUCACUGGCGGCUUCGGAGCUGACUUAACCUUGGAUACUGCUGGCUUUGCUGCAACCUGUGAGAAUGCCGUGUGGUGCACCCGCAGGGGUGGACGCAUGGUGCAAGUCGGGCUUCCUUUGCAUGGAAAAGAGCCUUGCAUUCCAAUGGCAAGGGUAGCCAACCAGGAGAUCGAGAUUAUUGGUUCACAUGGAUUGGCUGCCACAGAUAUGCCAGUGCUGCUUGCGAUGGUUGCCGCCGGGAGACUGAUGCCGGAGAAGCUGGUCCAACGUGAGGUGACUUUGGAAGAGGGAGCAAAGGCGAUCGAAGCAAUGGACACGGGCUCUCCGCUGGGCAUUACAAUGAUCACACGCUUCAAGGGAGCCAAGGAGGGGGACGAACCAAAUGAGCCACCUGCAAAGAUGCCAAGAGUGGCCUAAGAAGAUGAGCACUGCAAGCUUCAACUGACUCAAGAUUCAAAGGGAUGAUGAGCAAUGAAACGGUUUAUGUGCACGUUUGUGCACCUCAUUUGGGUUCAUGAUGUUGUUUGAU